AUGCCUUUUGGACAGAAAUCAAUCGAACUCUCGACCGAAGAAAUUGUGAAAGUCCCUAAUGUCAUACGAAUGCUGAUCCCGGAAUCUAUUAUCAAGCAAUACCUAGGCUAUGCAGUGGAAAAUAAUUUCAAGGCACUUGGGCGAAGUACAAUGUCUCGUAUUUUAUCGGUUUGUUCAGCCUCCGUGCGAAAAUAUUUGCAAGGCCUCGACUACAUUAGCUCUGCAGGGGCACAAGCAUUUGAUGAUCUUAGCGUUGUAGUUGAUCAUCUUGGAGACAAAUUUAUGGGGAUGGAAUGGGCUAAAGAUCAGAAAGACCGCCUUAAAUCUGCCAAACGCUACUUAAAAAGCGACUUUAAGGUAUCUGAAUAAUUACUAUACCAUUCAAUUAUACUGAGUAACUAUAUAAUUAUCAGUACACUUAUAAAAUGUUGCUCUUUUCUUGUAUACAAGGUACACGUAUCCAAACAAACUACAGUUCCUGACCACCGCAGGAAGUACUCACUCAGUGAUCCAAAGGACAAAGAUUUCCAAACCAAAUGUGAUCACAACCACUUCGACAGCUUUGAUCGUUGCGAGUCGCUUUCCCUGGUCUUGAAUGAAAUAAGCGGAGCAAUGGCUAAGAUGUCUGACAACAUUGUUUCGGUUCAUACAAAAGAACAGCUGGAAUUUACUGUGAAGAAAGCUAAACAACACAUACUAGCAUGGAAGACGCAUCUGCUGCGAAAUAUUAAUCAACAUCACUGA